AUGGAUUCGAAGGGUGAGCUAGUUGCGAUCAACACCUCAGUGGAUGCUGACAGGGACAAUGCAGUAGGUUCGCUACCGGCACCUCCUUCGACAGAAGCGACAACAAGCAAAGAACUCUUCUCACGAAAAGGUGAUACCAGUGAGGGCAGACGGACUAUUCACAUUCACGAUAAAACUAACAAGGAAGGAGGACGUUCAACAAAUGGAAGCGUGAAAGACAACCAUUCUCAACAGCCAAAGGGCUGCAGUAUAAGUAGUGACGCCCGCACCACUCUAGAAGAAACAGACACUUCAGUUAAAAGAAUCACGGGAAAUGUAAGAACAAUAUUACAAGAUGGCGAACAUAUCGCCGGAAGUUUUUAUGGAUAUCCAGAAGAACACCGCCAUUCAUCCAGACAAGCAUCAGAUAUCCGAAAGCGGGGGAAUGAACAAAUCAGCGUGAUGGUUGAGGAACAAUUCCACGAAAAAAAACAUGCCGGGGAAUCUGGUCUUGUUACAAGAGGAGAACGACAUCCCACGAACAGGACUACAAAACCUGUGAACAGCUUUAUAACUAACUACGAUGACGAGUUUCAAAAACAAGCCAAAAUUUCAAAAUAUAACGGGUCGUACUUCGACAACAAUGGGAAAAAUACUGACUCCAUGAAAGCCAAAAUACAGCGCAAUAAGAGCGAACGGUACGAAGAUCUCGAAAUCCCAAGAGGUGACGGCUCCUUCACGGAAACUAUUAGCAACCUGGACCAAAAAAUCACCGAUGUGAAAUGCUUAAAAGAAACACUGCACGGAGGAGAAUUCAAAAAUUUCCGGAGAGAAGUACAUGAAAAUGAUAAAAUGAGGCACCACGACAUGAAACAGCUAAAACAAUCUGGGUUCAUGAAUAGUGAUGACCACUUUGUUGGCAGCACGGUCAGUCAAAAGGAAUAUGUGACAUUCAAGAAAGAGAGGCACGAAUCAAAGCGUCCAAAGGACUCCGAAAUCUUGAAGGGAGAUGGCGUGUUCACGGGAAAGUCCGUCAAACAGCAGGAUUACAUCACUGUCAAGGGGGAGCGAUACGAAGUAAAACGUCCCAAAGACUCAAAUAUUUUGCGGGGAGAUGACUCAUUCGUAGACAAAACAACAAAACAGCAGCAUCCCUCUAACAAGAGAGGAGAGCGAUACGAGGAAAAGUGCACCAAAGAUUCCCAAAUUCUAAAGGAAUACGGUGCAUUGCCAGAUAAAGCCGGCAGUCAACAAAUCUUUGCGAUCAGCAAAGAAGAGCACUAUGAUGUAAGACGUCCCAAGGACUCGGAUAUAUGA